AUGGCACAAAGACCAUCGAUUCCGUUCACGGAUGGAGGUUUAUGGAAUACUCGAAAACCGCAAUAUAGUACGGAAACAACCAAAUUACUUAAAACACUUAUGGAUGAAUCUCGAGUAAACAAUUUUCAGCGUCGGCAGCUAACAAGUCACAUGCUUCGUACGUUAAAAAGAGACCAUCAUAUGGAACCUAUUGUUUUAAUCUAUCCAUCUAUAGGCGGUGAAUCUUUACCGGAAAAACUCGGUCCCUCAUCGACACAAACAAAAGCACCUGCAAUGAAACGCGUGGAAAGCUCCCGCUCAACAAGAUCGUCACAUGGAUCAGGAGUACGCUCAUACAAUGAUAUUGUUAGUUCUGGUGCUUAUAUACCUGCUGAUUAUCAACCAAGACCGAUGAAAGCUCGCACUGAGCAAGACAAGGAUCGGCUAGCACAUAUGAUGGCCUACGGUAUUGAUCCAACAAAAGUGUCGUCAAAACCAGCACAACGAUCACCUACACCACCGAAAGAACUUGAUCGAUUCGAUGAAUUGGUACUCGAAAUUGAAGAACGAAAACAAUUUCUGGAUCAAAUGGCUGCAAUUGGAAAGCGAAAAGAUUAUCAGCAAGUGAUUUCGAAUGAAAUUGCUGAGAAAAUACGUGAAAUGGAGCAGAUCGAUCGUCAACGUUCAAAAGCGUUAGAAAAACGUUUAAAUGAACGUUCCUGA